GGAUGACAGCUCAGUUGUUACGAUAACUCUGCCCCACUUCUCCCCAAACCCUCCCACACACGCCCCAAACUCUCCAGGGCACUGCACCUUCUGCUAAGCCAUGGAUGUAGUAUACUGUUACCUUGCUCUCUUCUUCGCUGUUCUCCUUGUUUUACGACUUCAGUUUGUUCGCUGCCGAGUUCUGCCACCGAGUCCACUUGCUCUUCCAAUAAUUGGCCACCUUCACCUCAUCAAGAAACCACUCCACGAAGCACUAGAGAAGCUAUCACUCCGAUAUGGUCCCAUACUAUAUCUCCGGUUCGGUGUCCAGUCCAUCGUUGUUGUGUCUUCUCCAUCUGCUGUUGAGGAGUGCUUCACCAAGAACGACAUAAUUUUUGCAAACCGCCCGCGAUCUCUUGUUGGGGAUAUUCUUACAUAUGAUUAUACAGCCUUGGUGUUUGCUCCAUAUGGUCACCUUUGGCGAAGCCUUCGUCGCCUCACAGUUGUCGAAAUCUUUUCUUCAAACAGUCUCCAGAAGCUUUCUACCAUCCGUGAAGAAGAAGUUUGUAACCUUCUUCGCCUACUUUAUGAAGUCUCAAACAGUGGAUGCCAAAAGGUAGACCUGAAGUUUACGUUCUCCCUUUUGGCCUUCAAUGUCAUCAUGAAGAUAGUUGCUGGAAAGCGCUGUGUUGAAGGAGACGCUGCAAGCGUGGAGAUGGGACGAAAACAUCUCCAAGAACUCAAGGAAACUUUCCUUCCGAAUGUGUCCAUGAAUAUGUGUGACUUCCUGCCAAUAUUGAGGUGGGUUGGUUACAAAGGAUUGGAGAAGAAUAUGGUGAAGUUGCAUAAGAGAAGAGAUGAGUUCCUGCAGAGUUUGAUAGAUGAUCUUCGACGAAAGAAAACUACUCAUUCUUCUUUCAAUGCCACUCCCAAUGUGGAAAGGGGGAAGAUUUUACUGAUCGAAACUCUACUGUCCCUCCAGGAAUCUGAACCUGAUUUCUAUUCAGACGAUGUUAUCAAAAGCAUAAUGCUGCUUAUGUUUAUUGCAGGAAUAGAUACAUCAGGCAUCACUUUGCAAUGGGCAAUGUCUCUUCUCCUGAAUCACCCACAGGUGUUACAGAAGGUGAGAGCAGAGAUUGAUAACCAUGUCGAACCCGAGCGCUUAAUUGGUGAUACGGAUCUUUCCAAGCUUCCUUAUCUCCGUUGCAUUGUCUACGAGACUCUUAGAUUAUAUCCCACUGUGCCAUUACUACUGCCUCAUUUUUCAUCCAAUGAUUGCACUCUUGGAGGAUAUGACAUACCGCGUGAAACAGUUUUGUUAGUAAAUGCUUGGGCUCUUCACAGAGAUCCCAAAAUAUGGGACGACCCCAACAAGUUCAUGCCAGAGAGGUUUGAAGCCACAGAAGGGGAAAAAGAAAUGUUCAAAUUUGUUCCUUUUGGAGUGGGGCGGAGGGCAUGUCCAGGUGCUAGCAUGGCCAUACGGACAAUUUCACUAGCAUUGGGUGCACUCAUUCAGUGUUUUGAGUGGGAAAGGGUUGGGCUUGAGAUGGACAUGGGCUAUGAUUUUACACUGACUUUGGCCAUGGUUGAGCCUUUGGAAGCCGUGUGCACUCCACGCAAGAAUUUGCUUAAACUCCUCUCCCAACUUUGAAUUCAAAUUGUGUUACCUUCGUGUUAUAUACUCGAAUUUAUAUGUGAAUAUGAAAUUCCAUCUACGAGGGAUUGAAGGUGCUUGUUUUCCUUGAUCUAAGAAUGUAAUGUGAAUGUUUGAAGUAGUGAAAGUAAUGGCUUCUACAAUCACUAAACAUAGGUUUGGAUGGAAGUAGCCACACUUUCACAUAGAUCAUUAAUGGAUUGUAAACAUUUCUAUGUUUCUGUACUCAAUUUAGCCCAA